GCGAGCAGUGAACUGUGAAACGAACUGUUAGAAACUAGACGGCGGACUUGCUGAAAGCUCCGUGCAGUGUACGUUGCUCACGUCGCUGUAGCCCCUGCCCGCAUUUUAUGAGAUAGGACAGCAGCCCCGGUCGCUCCACGGAGGGUGUUGAAGAUGGCAGUGUGGAUCCAGGCCCAGCAGCUCCAGGGAGAUGCUCUUCACCAGAUGCAGUCCCUGUACGGACAGCACUUCCCCAUUGAGGUGCGACAUUACCUGUCACAGUGGAUAGAGGGCCAACUCUGGGAUGCCAUAGACCUCGAGAACCCGCAGGAGGAGUUCAAAGCCAAACGCCUGCUCGACAGUCUAAUCCAGGAGCUGCAGAACAAGGCUGAGCACCAAGUGGGGGAAGAUGGUUUCUUACUCAAAAUUAAACUGGGACACUACGCCAGUCAGCUAAAGAGCACGUAUGACCGCUGUCCUCUGGAGCUGGUCAGAUGCAUCAAACACAUCCUCUACACGGAGCAGAGGCUCGUCAGAGAGGCCACCAAUUCAAACUCCCCAGUGGGUGGCAUGAUGGACAGCAUGUCUCAGAAAUACCAACAGAUCAACCAAGCUUUUGAGGAGCUCCGCCUGCUCACCCAGGACACUGAGAAUGAUUUGCGCAAGCUCCAGCACAACCAGGAGUACUUCAUCAUCCAGUACCAGGAGAGCCUCCGCAUCCAGGCUCAGCUGACCAGCCUGGCCACCCUUCCCCCUGCUGACAGACAGCUCAGAGAGCCCGCCCUCCUUAGCAAGAGAGCCACUGUGGAGGCAUGGCUGACCAGAGAAGCCAACACACUACAGAAAUACAGACUGGACUUGGCAGAGAAGCAUCAGAAAACACUGCAGCUGCUGAGGAAACAGCAGACCAUCAUACUAGAUGAUGAGCUGAUCCAGUGGAAGAGACGGCAACAGCUGGCAGGCAACGGGGGCCCGCCGGAGGGGAGCUUGGACAUCCUGCAAUCCUGGUGUGAGAAGUUGGCUGAAACAAUCUGGCAAAACAGGCAGCAAAUCCGGAGAGCAGAGCACCUAAGACAACAGUUACCCAUCCCCGGACCAAUCGAAGAGCUCCUUAACGAACUAAACAGCACCAUCACCGAUAUCAUCUCAGCACUGGUCACCAGCACCUUCAUCAUUGAGAAACAGCCUCCCCAGGUGCUAAAAACCCAAACCAAGUUUGCUGCUACAGUACGCCUCCUAGUGGGGGGUAAACUGAACGUACACAUGAACCCUCCACAGGUCAAAGCCACCAUCAUCAGUGAACAGCAAGCCAAAGCCCUGCUAAAGAACGAGAACACGAGGAAUGACAGCAGUGGGGAAAUUCUCAACAAUAACUGUGUGAUGGAGUAUCACCAGACAACAGGCACUCUGAGCGCACACUUCAGGAACAUGUCUUUGAAGAGGAUCAAGCGAUCGGACAGGCGAGGAGCAGAAUCGGUCACAGAAGAGAAGUUCACCAUUCUGUUCGAGUCGCAGUUUAGCGUCGGAGGCAAUGAGCUUGUCUUUCAAGUGAAGACCUUAUCACUUCCUGUAGUGGUAAUAGUUCAUGGCAGCCAAGACAAUAAUGCCACAGCUACUGUACUGUGGGACAACGCUUUUGCAGAGCCAGGGCGGGUGCCUUUUCUGGUACCAGACAAAGUGCUGUGGCCUCAGCUGUGUGACGCCAUUAACAUGAAGUACAAAGCAGAGGUGCAGAGUAACCGAGGCCUAUCUGAGGAAAACCUGGUCUUCCUUGCUCAAAAGGCCUUCAGCAGCACUAGCAACAACCCUGAAGACUACCGUAACAUGACAAUGACCUGGUCGCAGUUUAAUCGGGAAAGCUUGCCAGGGAGGAAUUUCACAUUUUGGCAGUGGUUUGAUGGUGUAAUGGAACUCACAAAAAAGCAUCUCAAACCACACUGGAAUGAUGGGGCUAUAUUGGGCUUUGUAAACAAGCAGCAGGCUCAGGACAUGCUCAUGUCCAAACCCAAUGGUACUUUUCUCCUGCGCUUUAGUGACUCUGAGAUUGGAGGGAUUACAAUUGCAUGGGUGGCAGAAAAUCCUAACAAAGCAGGUGAAAGAAUGGUUUGGAACCUCAUGCCCUACACAACCAAAGACUUCUCCAUCCGCUCUCUGGCCGACCGCAUCAGCGAUCUCAAUCACCUCCUAUUCCUGUACCCUGACCGAGCCAAGGAUGAGGUUUUCUCCAAAUACUACACCCCACCGCUUUCCAAAGCAGUGGAUGGCUACGUGAAGCCACAAAUCAAACAAGUGGUGCCCGAGUUUACUACAGCAAACCCAGACCCUGCAAGUGGGAAUCAGACCUAUAUGGAUCAAGGUGCCUCCCCAGCGCCUGUCAAUCACCCUCACACUUACAACAUAUACCAACCUAUGAGUGACUCGAUGCUGGACGCAGACGGAGACUUUGACCUGGACGACACCAUGGAUGUGGCGAGGCACGUGGAGGAGCUCCUUCGGCGGCCUGUAGAGAGUCAGUGGGGCGGCCAGCAGUCCUGACCUUUGAACUUUUAACCCAUGACAGUACCAAACAGACCCCGUCUCCUGACCUGCCCCACUCACAUUGACAUUUCUCAUGGUUUAAUUCCAUUCAUUUCUCUCUCUAUUUUCAGGUAGUUAUAAUGUGAAAUGUUAAUAAUGGUUGUGAUUUUCUUUUCAGCAUGACAGCAUGCAUGUCAGUAACUUCUAAUAGUUUUUUGUGUCUAUAAGUGUUUGUAAAACAGACUAGGUAUAACACAAAACAUGCAAUGUUACAGUAUUAGAAAAAAGAAGAAAAGGUAUGGUUCAUUCACAUUGUGCAUGCUCUCUGGUUGAUUUUCAACAGAUUUCAAAAAAGUGAUUCUGUACGCAGUCAUUUUAACAGUUGAAUGUUUUUAUUUUAUUUUUCUUCUUUGUAAAUGGGUUAUCUGUAUUUGAUAGUUACAUUGACUCUGACAAAAAAGACAACUUUUGCUUUUUCAACCUUAUCUGAUUCACUGCUCAGCAAAGUUACGGUUUUUCAAAAUCCAUGUACACUAACCUUAAGGUGGAGUGACUCUCUCAGCACCUGACAGCACCCACAUCAGCACAUGUCCAAGUGUAAGAUCUAUUCGUUCUGAUUUGUUCACCAGCUAACACCCAGUAAGGGGGGUUUUAUGCACCUCCCUCUCUUUCACAGGGCUAUUUGUCUUCUGUCUGCACACAGAAAUGCAAAUCCGAGCAUUUACCCAGCUGCCUGCUUCUCCUCUCAGGUCCCUCUGUUCCCCUCAUCAGUGCUACCUCGCAUUAUCCUACUGACAGUCAGUGUUACUUUGGGUUCCUGCGUUAUUUCAGCACCAUACUCACAUUUAAGGUACCGUCUUUUGUUGUAUUAUGUGUAAAUCUCUGUGAAGAAGAUACUGGCUAAGUUUAUUUACUGUGUAAUGCUUGAAACCACUUACCUAAUGAAGUCUAGAGACAGAAAGUUCCACAAAUCUGCUCAAUUCUCAAACUCAAAGCUGUGCUGUUUCCUUUUCUUCACAUCCGUCCACUUAUCUCUUUAGUCAUGUCAUUAUUCUGAGUUUGUGCAAGUCUGUGUGACAACAUGAUCACACCACCUGCUGAUGUUGCAAGGUGGACAUAUAUAAGUGAACACUUUGAAUCCCAGCUGCUGAACCACAUAAAAAACUCAAGGAUAUAAAGUCAAUGUCUGCCUCUUGUGUUUGUCCAGAUUGGCUCUCACAGAGCCGCCCCUUUCUGAGACACAUACAAGAGAAAUUAGUCUAAUAAAAAAGCUUGAGAGUACAACCUUAAUCCCUCUUCUGACAUGCACACAAAUGAAACCAUGAAUAAAAAAAAAUGUUGCAAACAGCAGCCUUGCACCUCAGGAAUAAACUGCUUUGCUCAGCCAAUAAAAGCCAAAUAGGAAAAUAUCUAUAAAUACAGAAUAUAUAAAAUUAUUUUCUCUAUCAUAUUUCUAUUUUAUUAUUGCUUCUCUGGCACUCCAUGAUCGAAUGUAAGCCUUAUGCAUGACUGUGUUGAGGAUUUACGUUUAAGAACCUCCUGAGUUUGAGCUGAAGGUUCAGGUCUAGUGUCAGAGGAAGAACAGUUUGAAAGAGGACUCAGAACAACUGGAAACCAGAGAAAAUGUUAUAUUCUAUUGUUUUUGUCCAACAAAAAUUACAGUAUUAAAGAUACUCCCUCUGUUUUCUUUUCUUCCUCAAGCAUUUGCUGUAUCUCACUUUCUUUCCUGUUUUUUUUAUCUCAAGCUACAUGGGCAGUUUUGAUAUAAUCUUCAUUCUGAUCAAGCUUUGUUCCACUGUAGUCUGUGUAUUUUUUCAUGAUGUAGAUGGCGCUGUGUGCUAUUUGAUGUAUGUACCAUGUUUGUGCUUUUGGUUUGUCCCUUGGAGUUAUUCCAAGAAACAGCUGUUGAGUCAAAAAGAAGAAAAUAAAGUUUUUUAAAUAAUUUUAACUCAAA